AGUGGGAGGAAUAGUGUCCCAUCAUUGGGUGUCAGUGGGAGGAAUAGUGUCCCAUCAUUGGUGUCAGUGGGAGGAAUAGUGUCCCAUCAUUGGUGUCAGUGGGAGGAAUAGUGCCCCGUCAUUUGUGUCAGUUGGUGGAAUGGUGCCCCAUCAUUGGUGUCAGUUGGUGGAAUGGAGCUCCAUCAUUGGUGUCAGUUGGUGGAAUGGAGCUCCAUCAUUGGUGUCAGUUGGUGGAAUGAAUGGUGCCCCAUCAUUGGUGUCAGUUGGUGGAAUGGUUCCCCAUCAU